CGAGCCUCUGAUCUGUGGUCGAACCGAUAUUCCUGUCAGCGGUGGGUCUGAUACACCAAUGGAGAGAUAUAGACUGGGUCUGGCAUAUCAGGUGGAGUGAGAGACAGCAUCUGUCACACUGACAAGCGUGAGAGGGAGAGAGUGUGUGUGUGCAGGAAGACCAACCAAGAGAGAUGUUCAACUUCAGGCUCUGCUAGGGGUCUACAUGUGUAGUAGUACCCAGCUGACACCUGGACUGGUUCUGUUUCCCAGAAAAAGGUGAGGUUCUGGGUGAAUCUCUCCCUCCCAGGCAGAAAUAGUUUGGAAAUUGAGGAGGAGUUGUUCUGUUUGGACAGUAGAUUACGACUAGGGAUCUACCGAGGACAGGGUCUAGCAUGGAUCACUGGCUCUCUGGAUUCUCUUUCCUGAAGAGGACUUUAUGAUGGGACCAGAGGAGGAGGAGGAAGUAACUGAGCCGGUUUGACCAUCAUCACAACAAAACCAGCACAACCAUUGACGUUGCCGUGACGAUGGACCACAACACCUCCUCCUCCCGCCCGCUCUCGGAGGCCCGCCUCAUCUACGCCAUCACCAUCCCCCUCUCCACCGCCAUCAUCCUCGCCAACCUGCUCAUCAUCGUAGGCAUCGGCUCCAACCGCCAGCUCCACAACACGCCCAACUACUUCUUCCUGAGCCUGCUGGUGGCGGACCUGUGUACUGGCGUGGCCUUGCCCUUCAUCCCCUGGAUGGGUCUGAACCGCCCCCUCAGCUUCACUUCCUGUCUCCUCGUCCACAUCUUCCCCAACUUCCUGUUCCUGGCCUUCCUGUUCAACCUGGUCAUGGUUCACUACGAGCGCUACAUGUGCAUCGUGAGUCCGCUGCACUACAGCAGCUUCUGGGUCCACCGCCAGUUCCCCCUGGCUCUCCUCGCCGUUUGGACGCCCCCGUUGCUCUACGCUUCGCUGCCGGCGUUCGGCUGGAACAACCGGGCCGGGCCGGACUGGAACGGCUGCUGCCCCGUCAACAGCUCAGGGACGCCGGCGGCGGACAACUGCUCGACGAGCGCGGAGGCGGAGGGGACAGAGUGUUGCUCGUACCGCCGCGUGUUCCCCAACGCUUUCAUCUACCUGGAGGUGUACGGGCUCCUGGUGCCCGCCAUCUUGUCCAUCGCCGCCAUGACGGGCCGCGUGCUGUGGAUCACACGCGGUCAGCUGAGGGACAUCUGCCGGCAGCACCGCUCGCUGGAGCAGGGGGGGGGGCGCCGGAGGAGGAGGGGGGCGGCGGGCGGUCAGGUGUCCGACCAGGAGCAGCGUUUGAACCUGCGGUACGCACGUUGCGUGGCGGCGGUGUCGCUGACCUUCCUGGCGUGCUGGGUGCCCUACAUCAUCUACACGCACGUGUGCGUGGCGUUCCUCCUCAGGGAGGAGGCCGUGGGGAACCCCACCACACACAUCGUGCUGUCCUGCACCGGGAUCGGCUCCAUGGCCGUGGUUCCUCUGGUGCUGGGCCUGGCUAACAGGCAGUACACCGACCCAGCCAGGAAGCUCAUACAUAAACUGAGAGACCGGUGGAGGACAAGGACUCAGGACCCAGAGGAUAUGGCUCUCUGAGAGGACUGGGGGACAUGGGGAGAGAUGGUUGGGUGGAAGAAGGAAUGAACUGUGGGAUUGAGUGAUAGGAGGGAUGGAGAAUAGAAAAUGGAUUGAAAGAUACAUGAAUGGUUGUCUAGGGAACAAACACACUCCAAUAAGUCUUGACAAAACGAUGGGGUAAUGAUCCAAUAUUCUCCCCAACUCAUACUGUCUCAUCUGUUUUUGUCUGUCUGGCUGCCAGUCUGUCCAUCUGUUUGAGUGUCUAUCCAGUGUCUGUAGUGUGUCUGGCAGUGGAAAUAAUUAUCUCGCUGCUCUAACACACGGGAAAUCUUGUCACCUAUCUUUGGCCCUUUUCCACUACACAUUUCGGCUUGUUUUUUCAUCUGACAAGUCUGGUACCUGGUAACAUGAGUUUUUUGGGGGAUAAAACCUCCAUCGUGGUCCAGGAGGCUAGGCGAUGUUCAAAAGGUAAAGGGAAACACUGCAGACUACCGAUUGGCCAGAAAUGAUCGCCACAAUGUUUAAAUAGCCAAGCUACUUCACAGGAGUCGCUGUCUAUGAUAGUGGCCGUCAUUUUCUUUUCCAGUGGACUAGUCGACAUGUCAAUUGCCGUUGUUUAUUGAGGUGCAGUUACGCUAUGUGUUACCGCCAAAAGGGUACAGCAAGUGAGUGUUGCGUUGAAGCAGACAUCAGAGCGAGAGGGUCAGGUAGGAGGAUUGCAGAGUAAAACCAAGUACUACUGCGUAUGGAGGUGAGUCGUGUCCAGCCAGAACAGUACCUGAAGUAUUUGAAAAGCGGCUUUUAUAUCCAUCUAAGCCUGUUGAUGUGCUAUGCUAUGCUACACUACCCUAGUUCAUUUACAGUGUGACCCAAAACAUU